AUGUCGGAAAGAGAAGACAAACAGAACCGGGGUUGGAGAUCUUGGCUGGUGUUUCUCGCCCUCUGCAUAUCACUGUUCCUCACUGCUCUCGACCUGGCAUCCAUCUCCACUGCUCUCCCUGCCAUCGUCCAUGAUCUCGGUGGUUCGGAGUCUUUCACUUGGGUUUCAUCAGCCUACACCCUUGCGUGCACCGCAGUCCUCCCCAUAAGCGGUCGGGCUGCAGAUAUAUUUGGUCGUCGAACUGUCCUCUUGGUGGCUGUUAUGCUAUUUGCUGCUGGAUCUGCUGUAACUGGUGCCGCGGCGUCCAUGAACAUGAUGAUAGCGGGCAGGACAAUACAGGGCAUCGGAUCGGGGGCAAUCCAAGUCCUUGUUUCUAUUGUGACAGCGGAUUUGAUCCCUCUGAAGGAAAGAGGUCUAUUUCAGUCGUUCACUGGCGCCACAUUCAGUCUUGCGUCUGUCAUAGGCCCCUUUAUUGGGGGUGCAAUAGCCCAGCACAUGUCUUGGCGAUGGUACUCAUUAUUAAUAGAUCUCAAUCUUCCGCUUUGCGUCAUCGCGUUCGUUCUUGUGCUUGUAUUCCUCCGCCUCCGAAAGCCGCAUAUAGAGAGCUAUGCUGAGGCAUUUCUUACACUAGACUGGGUCGGGAAUCUCAUGAUCAUUGGUGGCGCUACGUCUUGCAUCGUAGCGUUGACAUGGGCCGGAGUCAGCUUUCCUUGGUCAUCCGCACCAGUCAUCGCUCCCCUCGCCAUCGGUCUUGUGUGUCUGCCCAUGGCGCUGGUGUACGAAGCAUUGCUCGCGACACAUGCACCUCAGAUCCCACUGUCUAUCGUCAAUAAUCGUACAAGCGCUAGCGGAUAUAUAGGGUCAUUCCUGCAUGGCCUUGUCGUGAAUAGCGUUCCUUCUGAUUGUAUGUACAGCCCGACUUACUUCCAAGGCGCUAAGGCAGCGUCACCCUUGAGGUCCGGGUUGUACAUUCUUCCAGCAGCGCUUUUCCUUUCUCCAUCUGCGAUUGUACAAGGGAUCGUGAUCAGUAAGACCGGGAGAUACCGCCUCGUGAACAUCAUAGGAUGGUGUGCGAUGCUUCUCGGAAUGGGAUUGCUCACGCUCUUGAAAGAGAGCACGCCUGUUGCCGUCACUAUUCCAAUGCAAAUCAUCGUCGCCGUCGGAUUCGGCUUUCUCUACGCCACUACAUUCUCUGUGCUCGCCCCACUCGACCCCGUGAACAAUUCGGCCGCCCUGUCACUUUUACUCUUCGUGAGAACAUUUUCUGUUUCAUGGGGAAUCUCGAUCUCGGCAAUGAUACUACAGAAUCAGCUUCAGCACCACCUCCCAGAUGCAUUUUUACAGCUGGUUCCUCCCAACCACGAUAUAGCAUACAGCUCCAUCCCAAUCAUCCAGACACUGCCGCAGCCUUUGCAGACGGAGGUGCGGGAGGCGUUUGCGUCAAGUUUGAAGCUCGUCUGGCAGGUCCUACUCGCAUUUUGCGGCGCAGGUCUGCUGAGCGCGACCAUGCAGAAGCAAAUCGCUCUUCAUGACAAGAUGGACGACAGGUGGGGCUUAGAACAAGUAACAAAGGAGAAGGAUAGUGAGAUGCCACCCGUAGUCGCGGGAGAGGUGGUAGGAACAGUGGAAUCCACAGUCGGUGUCGACAUUACACGUAUGCAGGCAUGA